AUGGCGCAGCCCUCAACUGAUGCUGUGGCUCAUGCCUCGGCAGUCACUGGCCACAGCGACCAGAAGCCCACCACCUGGCACGGCGCGGGAGCUGCUGAAUUCGAUCUUCGAAGUGAUACAAUGACGAAGCCUACACCAUCGAUGCUCGAAGCAAUCUGCCAAACAACUUUAUUGGACGAUGUCUUCAAUGAGGAUCCAGUCACCAACGAGCUGCAAGGAUACGUUGCCGAAAUCACCAAGCAUGAAGCAAGUCUGUUGGUUCUUUCCGGUACAAUGGGAAACCAGGUGGCCAUUCGCUCGCAUCUCGCACAGCCACCUCAUUCAGUGUUGUGUGACCAUAGAUCUCAUAUAAUUUGUUAUGAGGCUGGUGGUGUGAGUGCUUGGACUGGUGCCACGGUGAGCCCUAUCAUUCCCCAAAAUGGGGUUCACUUGACCCUGGAAGAUAUCAAAAAGCACGCAGUUCUUAGUGAUAAUAUCCAUUAUUGCCCCACCAAGUUAAUCAGUUUGGAGAAUACCCUCGAUGGAAUGGUCAUGCCGCUCGCCGAGGCGAAGCGGAUUGUGGAAUGGGCUCAUGCUAAUGAAAUCAAGGUUCACUUGGACGGCGCCCGGUUGUGGGAAGCCGUUGUAGCCGGUGCUGGGAGUUUGCCCGAAUAUACAAGCAUCUUCGAUAGCGUUAGUCUUUGCUUCUCGAAGGGUCUGGGCGCGCCGAUUGGGAGUAUCAUUGUCGGCUCCGACAAGUUUAUCAAGAAAGCACGCUGGUUCCGCAAAUCUAUUGGCGGUGGUGCCCGACAGACGGGUGUGAUUGCCGCUGCUGCUCGCGUUGCGCUCACUGAAACUUUUGGCACGGACCCUCAAGGCCAGACUGGAAAGCUUGCAGCAACGCAUGAAAAGGCGAAGCGGGUAGCCGAACUCUGGACCAGUCGAGGUGGCAAGCUGCAAUACCCCCUGCACACCAAUAUGGUUUGGUUAGACCUCGAGGCGUCAGGAGUGGGCCCAAAUGACCUGGCGGAUAUUGGACAACAAAAAGGGCUAAGAUUGCUGGGUGGCCGCGUGGUGGUCCAUUAUCAGGUAUCGGACGAAGCGAUCGCACGGCUGGAACAAGUGUUCGAUGCGGCGCUGAAGGGAGACUUUAAACGGAGUGAGGAUACUAGCAAACCAUACGGAAGUAAAUAG